AUGUCGCGCCUUGAUCCUUCAGCCACGCUUACGCCUGCCGUGCUACGCAAUCCAUACGCUCCAAUGUCUUCGAUCUCACAUUACUCCAGGCUGAGCUCUCACCUAGCCAACGCUCUUGCUCGUUGGGAACAGUACUUCCAACAACAGGUGGGCAGCGACAUACGAGCCCUGUACUAUUUCACCAAUGUCUCCCUGAUGUGUCCAAAUCUUUGGGAGCUCCCACAACUAGCUGGAUAUGGUACUGACGACCAUCUCGGCCAACAAGCAGCCAAUAGCAAGUUUAAUAUACCAGACAAAGCCAUCGACCUUGCUUGGUUAGUGCUUGAUAACUGUGACAAGGCGUCAAAGUCUCCAGAAUACAAAACGUCCAUCUGGCUGCCUAUCAUCCUGUUCAUGUCCUCGUUGGUGGUGUGGAAAAAGCUUCAUUCUCAGCCCGCAGCCGAGCUGAGAUACGGAACGCUGAGAGUUCUUAGUAUGUUCAAGAGUGAGCUCGCGAAACUUCCCUGGCCGUGUUGCUCAGAGAUGAUACCCAGGAUGACGAAGGAGGAUAGGCACUACUAG